AUGUCUUCAACAAGCGAAAUUGAUUUAGCAAAUGAAUCUUUGUGUAACUUUUUAAGAAAGGCGCCUUUAAAACGACUUACCUUCUCCAGAAUUCUUCAUGAACAGUGGAGUUAUUUCAAAAUUCAAACGGAAGAUUUAGACUGUGAAAAUCUCAAGAUGUUACUGCAGAAAGUGGAGCAAGAGAAUAUUGGCCGUGAACGUAAAAAACAUAUUAAGUUGCUACAAGAUAACGAAAAGUGGUUAAUUGCCAGCGAGAAUCCGCUUCAUUGUGAUGCUAUGUGUAGGUUAUUUGACAGCAAAUUUUUUAAGGGCCCGUUGAUAGUUCUGACUAUUGAACUUAAAUCAUUGGCAGAAGAUAACUUAUUACGAGAAAAAUUUGAAAAACAAAUAAAUUGGAAAGACCAAGCUUCAAGUAACAUAGCUAGCAUUAAGGAUAUAAUCAAGGACGAAAAAACUCAGGCGCAUGAACGUCUUAUUGCUAAAUUGAGUGGAGUGGACGUUAAGAAGUUAACUUGUAAUGAUCCACUAACAAAUAAUGUAAUUGACUUAGGCGCAAAUUAUCUUCAAACCCCAGAUAAUGAUUACGAUGUACUUACUGGUGAAAGAGCUGGGAUACGAAAGUUGAAAAAGGAUCCACUUAUAAAAAACACAUGCGCCGAAUUUGUUAAGAAAAGAGAUGAAGCAAAUAACUCUUAUAAACUUGUACUUUCGCAAUCUGAAAAGGUGGUACAUGAUAGGUGGGUUGAGGAGAAUUAUGGUCGAAAACGUAUAGCCAGGAACGUUACUGAUGUCCUUUUACAAGAGGUGAUGUCGAAUGCACUUCAUAAAGUUCUUAGAGGUUCUGAAGGGUCUAAGGUAGAAAUUGUAUCUCGAUUAAUAGAUGCCGUUAUGUGGCGUUUACCUCUCGAAUAUGAUGUUGAAGUAACGAGAGGUGAACGGCAGAGUGUUGCUAGUAAAGACCGAAAAUUGCAACAUAAUAGUAACGCAAGAGGAGAUAGACCAGAUCUCAUGAUUCAAGCUUUUCUUCGUCAAAAAUGGGACGAAAUUGCAUAUGUUGAGAGUGGCAAAUGGGAGACUACUAAUAAGAAAAUCUUUGAUGAUCAUAACAAAUUAGUGAGACUAUCCCUUGAUGGGUAUCACUACCUCUUAAAAAAAUAUAAAAGAGAGAUUUUACAUCAAACUUUUAUAGGAUUUGGUAUUAAUAUAGCAGCUAGAGCGAAAAUCCCUCUAAGUAUGGAAACAGUUGAUGAGGUUGAGGAUUUUGUUCAUGCUCUAUUAAUCCUGAGGAAUCAAAACAAUGUAGUAGAUAAAUUAGAAAAUGGUGAUAAUUUAUCUAAAACUAAUAAUAUAUCUGACCCUGUUAUAAACCAUUGUAUUGAUACUAACUUCAAAUCAUUAGAGGGUGACAUUCCUAAACAGAUCGAAAAUAUUUUCGAUAUUAUAUCUGAUGAUAUAGAGCAUAGAACAUCUGCUUCUUCUGAUAUAUGUCAAGAAAACUGA